UCACUGGUUUCUCAGUUAUUCUGCUGGUGAGUCAAGUUCUGUGGAAGUGCGAUACAGAGAGAGAAACGCGGGACUGCAGUGUCUCAGCCUCGCGGUGCCACCGGCUGCUACAGGGAUGAGGCGCCAGAGCCGGGCCGGCGCCGGGCAUGCUGGGAAACGUAGUCCGGCCGGAGCGGGAGCGAGCGGGGCGCGGGGGGGAAGGAGACGAACGCCGCUGCUGUGGGCCGCGGUGUUCGUCUGUCUCUGGCUCGGCGCUCAGGCCCAGAUGAAGAUCCCCCCGGAGACGGUGCAGCAAUGGGCCGAGACGUUUGGAAAGCAAUUACUCGCUCUGUCCAGCAGAUACUCUGGAGCCAAACUACUGCAGAAGAAGUACAAAGACAUCGAGGGGGUCGUGAAGAUGGAGGAGAUGGACGGCCAAGAGCUGGUGAAGAGCUUUGCAGAGGAGAUGGAAGAGAUGCUGGGGAGGAAGAUGAAAUCUGUCAAGAGACUGGCGGAGGCAGCAGAAGACGCUGAUCUCUACCACGAGUUUAACGAAACGCUGGAGUUUGACUACUACAACUCUCUGAUGAUCAACAAAGUGGAUGGAAAUGGGAAUCCAGUGGAUCUAGGGGGGGAGUUCGCUCUAGAGGAGAACGAACACUUCAACAAGCUUCAGGUCAACACCCUGUUGAGUGACAUACAAGUCCCUACCAACGUCUUUAAUAAAGACCCUGGUAUUUUAAACGGAGCGUAUAUGUCGGAAGCUCUAAACGAUGUAUUCGUCGAUAACUUCCAGAAGGAUCCGACCCUCACCUGGCAGUACUUUGGUUCCGCUACAGGCUUCUUCAGACUAUAUCCAGGGAUUAAGUGGACUCCGGAUGACAAUGGGGUCGUGACCUUUGACUGCAGGAACAGGAACUGGUACAUCCAGGCAGCCUCUUCCCCUAAAGACGUGGUGAUUGUGGUGGACGUGAGUGGAAGCAUGAAGGGCCUCAGACUGACGAUAGCCAAGCACACCAUCAACACCAUCCUGGACACGCUGGGCGAGAACGACUUUGUCAACAUCAUAGCUUAUAGUGACUACGUAAGUUAUGUGGAGCCAUGCUUCAAGGGCACGCUGGUACAAGCUGAUCUCGACAACAGAGAGCAUUUUAAGAUCCUGGUGGAAGGCCUCCAUGUUAAAGGAGAGGGCAAAGUAAAGAAAGCCAUGAAGGAGUCCUUUAAGAUCCUCAACCAGGCCUCAGCACAGGGCCAGGGCAGUUUGUGUAAUCAGGCCAUCAUGCUGAUAACCGACGGAGCCAUGGAAGACUUCCAGGAGGUCUUUGAAGAGUUCAACUGGCCCGAGCGCAGGGUACGGGUUUUCACCUAUCUGAUUGGACGAGAGAUGACCUUUGCCGAUAACGUGAAAUGGAUCGCAUGCAACAACAAAGGUUACUACACACACAUCUCAACACUGGCUGACGUGCAGGAGAACGUCAUGGAGUACCUCCACGUGCUCAGCCGACCGAUGGUGAUCAACCAUGACCACGACAUCAUCUGGACGGAGGCCUAUAUGGACACUGUGCUGUUUAAUAGCCAGGCUCAGAGCUUACUUCUGAUGACCUCAGUGGCCAUGCCGGUCUUCAGCAAGAAACAAGAAACGUUAUCCCACGGUAUCCUGCUGGGAGUGGUGGGAACUGAUGUGGCUCUCAGAGAACUGAUUCGACUAGCGCCCAGAUACAAGCUGGGUAUCCAUGGUUACGCCUUCCUCAACACCAACAACGGCUACAUCCUGUCUCACCCUGAACUACGACCUCUGUAUAAAGAGGGCAAGAAGCUCAAGCCGAAGCCGAACUAUAACAGUGUUGAUCUGGCAGAGGUUGAGUGGGAGGACACUGAAGAGGCAUUGAGGACAGCGAUGGUGAAGGGAGAGACUGGAUCAUUAUCUCUAGAUGUGAGAACAUCCGUGGACAAAGGGCGUAGAGUGAUGUUCCUGAGGAAUGAGUACUACUACACGGUGAUCAACGAGACCCCGUUCAGUCUGGGAAUAGUGCUGACCAAUGGACAUGGGCAAUAUAGAUUCAUCGGAAAUGUCUCGGUGGAAGAGGGUCUUCAUGACCUGAUAGCUCCCGACCUCACCAUAGCGACUGAGUGGACCUACUGUGAGACGGACAUCGACCCCUCCCACCGGAAGCUGACCCAGAUGCAGGCGAUGGUGCGCUACCUGACCGGGAAGGAGCCCGACCUGGAGUGUGACACGGACCUUCUGGGUCAGACUCUGUUUGAUGCCGUUGUCACUGCGCCGAUGGAGGCAUACUGGACCGCCCUCAUGCUCAACAGCUCCAGCAUGGACGAGGGCGUGGAGACUGCCUUCCUGGGGACUCGGACAGGACUGAUGAGGGUUCAGAGAUACGCCGGCAUCGAGAAGCGCGUCGCCAACACCUUUCUGACGCCGGCAGACAAGCUGAACAUCUUCACCCUGGACCACUUCCCCGUGUGGUACCGGAGGGCCGCUGAGAUCCCAGCAGGGCAGUUCCACUACUACCUGCCCAAAGAGGACACCCGAGGAGCCAAGAUCGUGGUCGCUGCCACAGCCGUCAGCGUGACCGUGGGGAAGAAGACCGCCAUCGCUGGAGGUAGGAGGCAAAGAGGAUUCUUGUCUCUCUCUCUCUCGCUCUAGCUCUCGCUCUCGCUCUCUCUCUCUUUCUCUCUGUCUCUGUCUCUCUCCCUCUCCCUCUCUCCUGUUCUCUCUCUCUCCUGUUCUCUGUU